AUGCAAAGCGAUCCUUUCCAAAAUGGUGCAUACACAGCAGACGGCACGUUCUUCUGCAUGGUCCUUGAACCUUUUCGCUCUGAGUACAAAUGGGGCGUCGACCAGUCGACACUUUUGCUUCCAAAACUCAGAAGGCGAUGGGCCUUGUGCUUCUUCAGGCCAGAGAGCAUCAUGCUGACCAGCAUGGAGCCAAAGUGGGUUGUUGAUGCCAAUGGGAUGCAGCAUUCGAUCUUCUGGUACUUCCGCACCCCUUUGCCAUGUGAGCCAUCUUCCUUUGAUCCGCUGCUGAGACGUCCUUUGAGCGGCCGCUGCGGAAGAUGGUCGCCACAAGGGUGA